AUGGAAAAACCAAGUGCCCCCGAGCUAAGCGAAGCACCGAUACACACCGAUCCCGAUCCUGCAAACGACGAAUUACUCGUAAACUGGAACGGAAUAGAUGACCCCGACUGUCCAUUCAAUUGGACCCUGUCCAAACGAUGGGGCAUCACUUUACCAUGCUCUAUGGGGGGCAUGGUGACCCUGAUGAGCGCAUCUAUGUUAGCACCGGCGUUGGGCAAUAUUGGUGACGACCUCAGCAUCAGCGAGAGUGAAGCCAACAUGGUAGUCUCGAUUUUUGUGCUUGCUUUUGCCUUUGGACCGAUGGUUCUCGCUCCCCUGGCUGAAGUAUUUGGUCGUCGAUGGGUAUGGAUCCUUUCUUCAACCUGGUAUCUGCUGUGGAACACAGUCUGCGGCUUUUCUCAGACCAGGGGCCUUCUACUGGCUGGACGAAUUCUGAGUGGCCUGGGAGCCAGUGCAGAGUAUGCGAUCUCAACCCCGGUUCUGGGGGACUGUUGGCCUGCAGAGCAGCGCGGCCAUUCUUUUGCAAUCGCAACUUUCGUGCCUUUGUUGGGUCCAGCUAUUGGACCUAUCCUCGGCGGUAUCAUCACGACAAAAAUCGGAUGGAGGUAG